AUGGCCAGCUGGCUGUCCGUUCUGCUAGGUGCUGCGGUGUUGACCACUGGGCAGUCUUGCAGAUGCGUGCCAGACUACAUACCGCAAGACGAAGCCUUCGCCUCUCCAGCACAAGCGCUCUCCAAGGAGCCCUUUGUUUUCGCAGGGAAAGUUAUCUCCGUCCGCCCCGCCGACAACAUGCCAGAAGCGAAGUCCGAGUACUGCGCGUUGCCCCCGAAGCUGACAGGUGAGAGCGAUCAUUGGGGAAAUCCAUGCCAGGAAAGCUUCUCGGGCUACUUCGAGCAUUGGAAUGAGUGUGGUCGAAUUCAUACUGCGGAAGUGCUCGUCACUCACGGACUGAAAGGCAUCAAGGCGGGCGAAACCUUCAAGUACAACUGCACCCGGGCGAGCUGCGGCGAUUGCAGUCCACCCUGUCCUGAGGUGGGCCACGAGCUCCUGGACGGGACCCGCGCAGGUGGCCCCAGCUCCAUGUGCAGCUCCAAGCGCUGCGGCCUCCGUGCUUCGAGCAAAGCCCGCUGCCAGCACCUCCUCGAGGAGUUGCAGCUGGAGAGGCCCUUCCAGAGCCAGAGGUUCCAGGUCCCCCUCCCUGUGGCCUUCUCCACCCUGACGGCCAACUCUUUCUUCCGCAGCCAACUCUUGGGCUCGCUGGUCCGGGAUGUUUCAAGUGCUCUCCAGCUCUCCGAGUUCGACGCCAUGUCCGCAAACCUUCUGGAGGACCAGCACCGAACCGUGCCUGUGAUGCCUGCGGCCACUGUUCCAUCCUCAAUCUUCGAGCUCAUCUUCCACAUGCCGCGGCAGGAGGACUUGGAUGCAGUCGAGUCGCAACUCCGAGACCUGCUCAGCAAGCCCUUCAUCUGGAAAGGGGGAUCCGAGGUCGUGAAGCAAUUCUGCCUCAGCCAGCCGUGCCCCCAGUGCCAGACCACCUGCGUGGAGCCGUCCCUCACUUCCUUGGUGAGCUUGGGGUCGCCCAUUUUCGCCUAA